CCACGGAAAUCUUUAGUAAAAGGCGAAAGAUUUAUACGAUCUGAGGAAAAACAUGAGUGUACUGCCUUCCUAGUAAAACUGGAGGGUACCACACCAACGACAACACACUUCCUAAAAAUGAUUUAACACUGCAAACAUUUUUGGAAUCUGCUUUUCUGGAUGCACACACUGGCUGGAAAUCACUGCAUUAGAGGUCUCAUCUUUGUGCACAACCUGUGCUUUGUGUGAAUCAGUCUGAAUCAGCUGCAGAGAGAAGCUGCGCACCACAUCAUUGGCAAAUCACAAUUCAGAAGAACAGCAAGGUGGCAUAGUGCGCCUCAAGACUCGUAACAACAGCGUGACAGUACAGCAUCAAACUUAUGUACUUGAGAGUCAAGUGUUUGCCCUCAACUGACCAGAAAGCCAGUGGCGCACCCUGGACCCUAAAAUAACACUGCGCGAAGAUGAUGGACCAAGAAUGAGCUGUCGAUCACAGAAAGUGAUUUACGCCAAGCACUUCGCCACGGUCACCUUCGCGGUUUAGGAGACUCGUGCGCGCGCGCUUGGAAAAGAAUCCUACAGUAACAGCAUCUCCUCCGUAACAUUUACAACCGAGACCAGCAAUAGCUUACCGAGCGCGCCGGAUCACGCAGAUCAAUGAAGAAUGCGCGACUGCACGCACAGUCGAUGAAGCCGGCGGCGGUAUCAUGCGUGUUCUGCCCGAUCCAAGCGCGCAGUCAUUGAGGUUGUUGUUCCUCUUUAUCUUCGUCAUGGAUGUAGCACCGUCACCGGCUCUGACCGCCGGCUGCCCGGACCGCUGCGUGUGCGACGACCAGUUGGUAGUCCAGUGCGCCGGGCAACAGUUAACUGACUUUCCCGUGGAUCUCCCGCUGGCCACCCGGCAGCUCAUCAUCUCCAACAACCGGAUAGGUGACCUGCCGGCGUUGCAGCUGAACUACCUGUCGGAUCUGGUGUACCUGGACUGCAGCAACAACUCGCUGACGGAGAUCACCGAGUCCACUUUUGGCAACUUACGCAAGCUCGCUUACCUGGAUCUGUCGUUCAACACGCUGACGCAAAUCGAGGACCGGACGUUUGGCCCGCUGGCCAGUCUGGUCAUGCUCAGGAUGACGGAUAACCCGGGGCUGUCAGAGAUCCAUCCGGACGCGUUCGCGGAGAACGCGGCGUUGCAGGUGCUGGAUGUCAGCCGCAACAACCUGACGGCACUAAACAUCAGCUCGCUGAUCGCCCUUCCGGCGCUGCGCUCUCUGGGGAUGAGCGGGAACCCCUGGAGAUGCGACUGCGACACUGAAGACCUGUGCCUCUGGAUUCAAAUUGAAGGGUUCAAGUUCCAAGAUGAGGGGCAGACAGUGUGCCAGGGACCUCCGGACAUGCUGGGCCAGCGACUAGCCGAAGUGGGAAUGCAGCUUCGAUCGGAAUGCCACCAGGGCCUGGGUUACUGGGACUACCUGUUCUUCAUCGCCAUCGGUUUCGUCAUUUUCAGCGCUGGAACGGUGUCAGCGUGGGUGAUGGGCGUGCUUAUGGUCCUGUACGAGCGGUACAGCAAGAGGAAGAGUGAGCAGCUAGACAGCGAGGAUGAGGAGAUGGUCAACCGGGGCGGAGGUGGGGGUAACCAUGGCAAUGGGGACCUUAACAAACCAGGCAUGCAGGUGUGACCUGAGGACAGAGGAAUGCUGGAAAACUUUAACAUUACAUGCCAGGAGCAAAGAUUGAGCUGCACCUUCUUAAAGGAUUUGGGAUUUUUAAGUGCACUUUUUUAGAAUGUGUCAACGUAUUGCUUUUAGGUUAAGAUGAGGAGCAGAAGACAAGAAAGACAGAAAGGGACUUGAUUGGGUCAAAGAUCCCAGCCUCUUUCGUUCUGAGGAAUCUGGGGUCUGGCCUUGGUUAAAUGCAUAUUAGUGUGCAUUAGUAUGCAUAUUAGCUCACAAACAAUGCUCUAGUAUUAGUAAAAUACUUAGGCCAGGGUGAUGCAUUAGGCACCUAAGAGAGAAAGUUGCGAAGGUGAAGAAUCAAUAAGGCAAAACGAAAACUUUUUUUUUUUGAAGUGAACAGAAUUAUUUAUCUAAUCCUGUAUACUAUCUCAGUUUUUAUUCAGCUUGGGUAAGACAAUUGGACAAUAUACAGGACAGCCUCUCAAGACUCGUGCAGUGUAUUUUGAGAGAAAGUAUGAUGGAAAAUUCUUCUGAACUGUCUGCACAACUCAACAGUAGGGUAAAAUGCUCUAUGAUGGAUUGAGGACAUUACAUUUCAGGACUCAACAAUAAAGAUUUAUUUUUUUUGGCCAGAUCAGGGCAGUAAUUCAGAUAUUUACUGACCCUGCCAAUAUUUCCAGUGGUCUCACAACAAAUAUUAUAAACAUCCCUUUAGCAACAUAUUUUGGCACAUUUCGACUGCAUGUAUGCAAUUGGCAGAUUCUUUCAUUCUGUUUAAAAGGCACAGAAAGAUAGUAUUGUAAGUAGCUAGAUAGUAUUUUAAAUAAUUUUUGCCGUAAAAUGACCAUGUAAAACAACUGUUUUGUUAAACCCAAAAGGCAUUACAAGUAAUUCUUACAGACCUCGCAAACCUUUUAAAAGUGGUAAUAUAAAAUACCUUUAGGAUCAGUUUCUUCUAGAGGUCUUCACGGAGGACCCGUACGGGUUCGGGUGUAUAUUUGAAAUGGUCAGCCGGUUCCGGAUGGGUCCCAGUUUAAUUACUUCGGGUCUCGGGUCUGUAAUACCCCAGUCGAUCGGAGAAAACCCAGACGACCUUUAUGAAGGAUAUAAAAAUGCUCAAAGAAAAUGAGUAUAAAGAGGGCACCUCUUUUGUUUGGACCUUCUAAAGCAGAUUGUUACGUUUAUUACAUGCAAUGCAUACUUAAGGCAGAGUGCACAAUGUUUGAAAGCCAAUGUUGAUAUUUGAAAUCACCUAAACAUACACGUCCCUACCCCAAUAGAAUCUGGACCUUCUUUUGAUAGACCCGCCCCACACAUACGCAACCCCAGCAAGGAUAUCGGUUAGUAGACACGCCCCUUGCUACUGAUUGGCUACAAGUGUGUUUUGGUAAUCGGCCCGACUCCCUUUUCCAAAGCGUUUUUCAAACAUUGUGCCGCCUUUAAAGUACGGUUCAUAAAAAACAGGCAUGUCGCAUCUAAAGUAUGCAAGGUCAUGUGGAUUAUUUAUUUUUUUUGAUGCAAUCUUCAGUUAUUUUUUUAUUUGUUCUGUCUUUCCGGCUUGGUUCGGGUCCAAAAAAUAGACUGGUCCGUGUUGGUUUUGGGUAGUGAAUUAAUAGCAUUUCUCAGUUCUGCACAGGGGCAGGUUCAACUUUCAAAUAUUAGACAGGUCCGGGUUAGUUUCAUGUAGCACAUUCAUAGGUCUCUGAGCCUGGAAAAACCCAGAUAACUUUCGGCAAAUUUAGAUUUGCUCUGCAAGUAAGUCUGGCAAAGAGCCCAUUCAAGCCCAUUUCUAAUCGGUCGAAAUCGCGGCACCAAUCAGAAACAUGGGGCGCGCUUUAGACGAUGAGGACAGCAAAGUUACGGUGAAGCAGAUUUUGUACAUCACAAAGAUGGAUGCCGCCGUCGAACAUCACUCGUUCGAAUCAGCUAUCGCGUCUGUUUUAAGCGAUUUAAACUUUUUCUUUUUGUUAAAACCCGAGCAAAGAACAACACUUGAAGUCUUCAUAUCUACUCAUCUCCUUCAUCACUGUGAUUGGUUUUAGGUCUAUCCAAUUGGACACAGAGUCAUUUGAGAGACGUCCGUUGGUGACGCCCCUUUGGAAAUUAUUUGUCUAUGAAGCUUUGCCAGACCAUAACUCAGUUACUACUGAGAAUGGUCUGGUUUUAACCAGGCUAUAGGUCUCUUAGAGUUCGGAUACAAAUUUUUGGACCCGUGUCGACCUCUAGUUUGACCUGAUCUAACCCAUACUUUUUAAUAGUUUAUAUGAUUGGUUUAACCUAAUUUAGUUAAGUUGAUUUAGUUUUGUUGUUGUUGUUGUUGUGGUUGUUGUUGUUAUUAUCAUUAUGGUCAUUAAUAUCAUUAUCAUUAUUUUGCUCAAGACAUAAAAACGCAUUUGUUAUGAGAAUUGUGACAGUUCUGUCAACUGGCCAUCUUUAUUGUUGAGCCCUGUAUUGGAUGUGAUAUUAUUGAUCUCAGUAAGCCUGUAUGCACUGCACCGAAAAGCCUUACACACAAGAUGUAACCCGUCCAGCAAUAACACAACUCCAGGUGAUACUGAGAGCAAUAGGGAUGUGUGUGAAUGCGUUAGUGUGUGUGGCUCGCUGCUGCAAAAUCACUGUAUGUGGGAAAGAUUAAAGUAUGUCAGCAUUCUUUAAUUUUGGCAUGGCUUUAAUUUUUUUAUUCAAAUGAAACACGUCACUCAAGGGCAGAGCUAAAGUCACCCCCCUCUCUUCACACUGCACCAUAAACAUGAUCUUCUCCUGUAUUUUAUUCUUUAUUUAACUUCAGAAGAGAAGCGUUCGGGUGUAGUGUGAUUUGAGUUUGCUAAAUCCGACUGUAAUGGGUUGCUUAAGGGAUGAUGCUGGUGGAAUGUGCUGCACUUAAAAAACAUCUAUGCUGCUGUUAUAACUUCAACAAAUAAUAG